AUGCGUCGAUCUAAUCGACAUCAUCAUCCCACUUCAUCUACAAAUAUUGCCGAAAUCACCAACAUUAAUAAUAAAACAAUUCCGAAUGAUGAUAAUAGUCGCUGGACAAAUAGUCGACAUUACGAUGGUGAACACGGCAGUGAUCUUGCGACUAUUGAAUCAACAAAACAAAUGAAAUCCAAUAAUUUUCGUUCAAAGCGUUCAGAAAUGAAGCGCAUAAAUCGAGAGCCAAGACGAUCUUCAUCCAGCAGCGAUUUGUAUCCGCGUAGACAACGAGCUGCUGCCGUUGCAGCUAUGGACGCUAUACUUAUGAGCAAUAACACUGCUAUGAAGGCUGCGAAGUUUAAGGAAACAGGAAAUAAUAUUCACAAUAAUACAACGAAAAGCAGCAACAGUAAUGAAAAUACUUCUAAAGCUGAGCCAAAAAAUUUGCAAACAGAUCGAAUCAAUGAUGCUUCAGUAACUUCGACAAUUACCGAGGAUUUUGAUACAUAUCGCGAAUUAACUGUCAAAGAGUUAAUAGCAAAAGCUGUGCGGGUACACAGGGCAAAUGGUCGUGGAUUUGAAAAGAAUAUAAUAAGUUGGAUGAAGGAUAUGCAAAGGAAGAAUUUGGCCCGGUUAAAGCAUUUGAAUGAGAAAUCAUCAUCUUCAUCUUUUGAUCCAAAAAUUUCAAUCGAGCAAUCGACGGUUAAUUUAAAUAUUGCCGAACCAAGCACAACAAAUAAUGCUAGUCGAUUUGUGAACGGUUCAAAUCCUUUCACUAUGGCCAAAAAUGAUAUUAGUAUCAAUUCGAAUUCAAUGAAUUCACUCGACGAAUUGUCUACAAUACAAUCAAACCAUUGUUCAUCUCCACUAAAUGCAGAAAAAUUUUAUGAACGAGAUAUUCAACCAAAAAGUGAAAAUAGAGAAAAACAUGCAACGCUUUACGGUUUUAAUGAUGUCAACGCAACCAGUUGUCGACAACUUAGUUGUACGACUCAGAUUUCAAUGAUCGCAGAUUUUGAUGCUGGCAUGCUUCCACACGAGCUUGAAAUUAAAUAUGGUGCAACUAAGGCACAGAUAAUUUCGAUAGUCGCAACUGUUUUACGAGAUCGAAUACCUGUUAUUCGACAUCAAGCUUCAUCUCCUUCCGAUCGAAUAACACUGAAACGCCGUCGUACUAGCUUUGUUGGUCUUAAUGUGUUGAUGUGGCAAUAUUUUUGUGAGUGCCGCGAUCGUGGAAUCAUUUUGAAUGGGCGCCAAUUAAAGGAACAAGCAUUGGCUGUGGCGAAGAACUUGGGCUUACAUAAUUUCAAAGGAUCGGAAGGGUGGUUGGAUUCAUUUAAAAGGCGCCACAACAUUGAUCUUAAAACAAUGUCAGGACAGCCAGUGAUAUACGAAAUGGAUGGUGAUAAUUCUUGUCCUGAUGAAAGAAGUCCAUCUCAUAGUCCAUGUACAAUGGUAGAUAAUGAUACUUCAGUGUUUGUUGAUGCCAAUCGAUUUUUGAUGGAAGCAACUAAUAUUGCAGCUGGUCUUCAAAAUUCUGGUGAUAUUAAUGAAUCCGUUAAUAACAAUUCAAAUCUUUUAUCGUCUAUGGCUAACUGUGAUAUUCCGCCAUGCCAAGCAACGGUCGCUGUGCAUACCACUCGACCUCUUGAUCUCACUCAAAUGCUCAUGAAUGUCCCAAAUACUUCCGUCGCUUUACAACCAUCAUCAAAAACUCAAAGUACUGGAACGCCCUUGGCCAGUGAAAUGAAUUUGUCAUCCAUCCAAGCAUUGUUACAGACCUGUUCCUAUAGAGCAGAUGAAGCUGAGGUCUCUCAUGCUAUUGAAACUCUGCGUUCAUAUAUAAUAAUGAAUGAUGUCGGUUUGCUUCCUCUGCUAGUUGAGAUGCAACGAAAUCUUUCAAUAAUAGCUGAAAGAAAAAAGGAACAAAAAUCGAUCUCAAAUUUGUCCAUUAUGUCCGAUCUAAAUCAACAAAUCAAUCAUGCAACUCAGGCUCAUUUUAAUAAUAUAAAUAAACCAUCAGUGGAUCGCUUUCUAUCAAAUCAUUUGUCGUUUAAUCCUGUAACAAGUCAAGUAUCUGUGAAUAUUCCUGUCAACCAUUCAUCUGUAUUUCAUACAAAUGUUGGACGGACUCCUAGUUCAACUGCCAAUGAAACAUCAUUAUGUUACGCAACAUUAUCCCAGCCAUUUCCAGAUAUUACAACAACCCAAUAA